UUUGUAUUUAGGUAGGUAGCUAGUCCACUCCUUGGGUACUCUUGGGCAGCCGGGCGAUGAGCAUGGAACCAUCGUCAUGGGUGGUACCUUGCUACUCGGGCUGGUCCAUGGAAGAAGCAGCUGCGUGGAGUAGUGAAGAUAGGAUUAGCUUCCAAACAUCCUUGCCUAGCCAUAGUGAUAGCGGAAUGCAGCUGCAGGUGGUUGAGUAUGCAGCCCCAGCCACAGCCACACACAAUACCUGCAGUGAUCCGAUCCAGGUGUUUGAGGAAGCAGCGCGAGUGUUCAAUGAUGACUACUUCCUCAUUAUGGAAAAUAAGAUGCACAGGUUCCCUCCGAGCCUGGUAGAUGUCGGCACACGGUACAGGGAGCCGGUGACUGUGGCCAUCGGUCCUUACCACCAUGGUAAAUCCGGCCUGCUGGAGGCAGAGCAGGUAAAGCAUGCGGCUGCCAACCAAUGCAUCAGGGACUCAAGCGGCUCGCUCCAGGAGAUGUACACUAAGGUCUCCUCCGUCUCAGACGUCGCCCGCAGACUCUACCACCACGAUGGUGUGGUGAUAUUCGGCCACCACGACGACUUUGUGCCUAUGAUGUUCCUUGAUGCUUGCUUCUUGGUGCAGUUCAUGCUUAGUUAUGUGGACGACUACGUCGAAGGCAUGGAUAUGGCGCUGAACAGGUAUUUCUGCGCCAACUUCGAGCGCAUCUCCACCGACAUCAUGAUGCUUGAGAACCAGAUCCCGUGGGUGGUGGUUGAUGCCAUCUUCCACUUCAUGCAUCUAGCGCCCUCGCCCUGGCCUUGGGAGGACUUCGUCGCUGCGAUGAGAAGCGGCCUGAACAACCGAAUUGAUCCUGGUGUUGACCAAGGCAUCGUCGUAGUUCCUACCUAUGAACCUCCGCAUCUCCUCGCCCUUGUCCGGUACUACAUCGUGGGGAACAACGACGACAUCAAAGUCGAUCGCCCCACCGCUCCGGGCGGAGACAAGCCUAUGUCAUUAUCCAUCAGCGUCGCCGAGCUUGCCGACGUCGGUAUCACACUCGUACCCGAGACAGAAAAGACAGGGUUAGUUCACAUGACCCUCCAAAAGAAAAGGUUAGUGGACAUGGGCCUCGGCGGGAAAAAGUUUGGCUUCUUGUUUGGCGAUCUCCGCGUGCCACCCCUGUUCCCAACCGACGCAAAUGCGACUUGGCUCGUCAACAUGGCGGCCUUCGAGUUAUGCAAGACCCCAAACUUCGACGAUGUUAAUGAUGAAGAAUCCGCUGUCUGCUCCUACCUCCACCUCUUCGCCAUGCUGCUGGACCAGAAGGAACACGUGCAUGACCUGCGGAAAAGUAAGGUCAUCGAAGGAGGAGGACUCACCAGCCAGGAGACACUCGACCUGUUCACUGGCAUUGGCAAGAACAUGCGCCUAGGAAAGUGCUACAUCGACAUAAUGAUAGAUAUUGAGAACUUCAAGGACAGAAUGUCAUGGGGGCUCACAUCUUACCUCUUCCUUGACAAGCACUGGCCUAAAAUCGUGGCGGUGGUCACGGUCAUUGGUGCAAUUAUCGGCAUCUUGUCGUCGCUCCAAGCUCUCAAGCCAAGCUAAGACAUACCGGACCUGAUUGUACUAGCAUUAGCUUGCAUGUUCUACUUGUAUGCCUCUUACUAUUCACAUUGUAAAAUUCCUUGUAUCCCAAUCCUACUUCAAGUGAAAAUCAUUGUAUCUGUAUGUAUCA